AUGGAUUCUUCAUCGAAGACGGGCUUUAUGCGUGCUGUCCAGUGGGAGGGCAACGUCCGCGACAUGUCUGUCAACAUCAUCCCACGUCCCAAGCUCAUCGAGCCAGAAGAUGCAAUCGUACGUAUCACUACUUCCGCCAUAUGCGGUUCUGAUCUUCAUAUCUACCAUGGACUCUUCGGCACCGAAGAGAAGUUCGGCAUGGGUCAUGAGGCUGUUGGAAUUGUCGAGGAAGUCGGCCCAGCUGUGGACUUUUUGAAGCCCGGCGACCGAGUCCUGAUUCUGGCCUUUGCUGAGGACGGGAACUUACUGCCCAAGCCCACAAUGCUUGUGACGGAUCAGCCUAUUAUUGGCUUUGGACUUGGUGGAAUGUUCCAUGGCGAUACAGGACUGCAGGCUGAAUAUGCUCGCAUCCCAUGGGCUGACUCAUCUUUGGCGAAGCUUCCAGAGAAGCUCGAUGACAAGGAAUGGCUGCCUCUUACUGAUGCAUUUCCUACUGGCUGGACCGCUAUUGACUUCUCCGGCUUUGAAGCUGGCGAUACUGUCGCUGUCUUCGGUGCUGGUGCCAUUGGACUCAUGGCUGCAUACAGCGCCAUAAUUCGCGGCGCCGCACAUGUCUACGUAAUUGACCAUGUUGCCUCGCGCCUCGCCAAGGCUGCUUCCAUUGGUGCGCAGCCCAUCAACUUCACACGUGGAGGCAAAGCAUCUGAUCAGAUCCUUGCUCUACGCCCUCAAGGAGUCACUCGGUCUAUCGACGCCGUGGGUGAAGUCUGCCUCAAUGAUGACCUCAAGCCGCAGCAGGAUUAUAUCCUCCGCGAAGCUGUGAAGAUCACUACUUCUGGCGGAGGCAUUGGCGUCAUCGGGGGACACAUCGCUGCAUUGGUCACUGAAUUUGGUGGCAGAGGAGUAGUUCACAAGCCUGACUUGAAGGCUGAGAUCAAGUUCCCGAUGGCUGAGGCCUGGAUCAAGGGAAUCCGUAUCCAAGGUGGACAUGUGAACAUCAAGGGAAACAUCAAGGCUCUAGUGGAGCUCGUGAAGAGCGGAAGGGCAAGGCCUGGUUUUAUUUUCUCAAAUGAGUACAACUUGGAGGAUGCACCAAUCGCUUAUAGACGAUUUGAGCAGUGGGAAGAAACGAAGGUGACAUUGAAGGGAGCCCGCAAGCCAAGCGAUGGGCACGCCCUGGAGAUCCGCAAUGGCAGCAACGGAGCGCAAGCCACCAAUGGUGCAUAA